AUGCGCUUCCUGCCUUCCUCUGUGCGGCCCUUAGUAGGCACUCCGCUCGACGACCUGCGGCCUCUGGUCUACAUCUUGUGGAAGGCGGACUUCGAAGCGACGUCCCGGGAUGUCGCGGAGUUCUACUCUACAUCGGACCACGUUCCUCAGGGCAACCGCUUCAAUGCUCUCAACAUCAGCAAGAUGUAUCUCGAGCUCGAUCAAACCACAACGUUUCCCUGCGAGAUCUUUGGGCGCAUCAAGGCCCGUUUCGAAUCCAUUCCCAUGGACAACAACCCCACUGUCUUUGCCAGCUAUCUGCGCACUCUCAGGUUCAAGGAAGAGAGUUGUAUCGACACUCCGUGGAACUCAUCGAAACGCUACCGUAUGUCUAUGAUUUCGCCCUUCUUCAAUCCUUUGGAUCCGUCGGUGAUUUCGUCCGUCGACUAUCACAACCAUAUUUGGAACUACUACACUCUGUGUGCGAUGUCCGACACCUUAAUUGGUGACAAGGAACUGUGUGCCAUCUCGGCCACCCGCAGCGAUAUUAUUACCACGGCGUCGGAAACACCGGUCAAGGUGGUUCUCCAACUCCCACCACGAUGUGUGGACGGUGUCGUCCCCACCCCCCAUUCCAAGUUGCCGGUGGACAAGGCGUUUUCUCCCUCCAUGCGGACCUUCGCUACUGUGAAAGCGACCCCGGUGACCCGCCGCAAUCUAUUGGGGAACGGCGCCCAACUUCCCGUCCUUGGAUAUGGCCCUAUUACCAUGGCCGUGGAUAUGUCGUCCCGUGACCAAGUCGACGACAUUCGUCCAUAUACCCUACGCCUCACCAUUGGCUCAGAUAUGUGCGAAAUCACCACCUCUCUUGGUGAUGUGCUUGAUACACUCAACAACGCCAUUAGUCUCUACUCGUUUCCUUGCAAGCCAAAGCUCGAGCCCUCCACGAACCCGCACCGUGGGGAGUGUAUCCAUCCAGGCCAGAUGGCCAUGCUCACUGGCAUGCUCGGCACCUUCGAGACCGCUCUGUGGACUUUCGCCUCCAACUACAGUGGAUUUUCCACUUUUAAGGAUCAUUUGCACAUUUUUGCGUAUUCGUCUUUGAGCCACUCACAACCAAUGGACAUCGGCACCCUCCAAAGCGACAACGCCAAAGCGUUCGAGAAACUCGGGCGCAUCAUCAAACCCAAGUACAACACUCGGGUGGCUUUCUCCACGCCUACUCCCCCCAGCAAAACGCCGUAG